GCACUGCCCCCAUUCUUUUACACUAUUAUAUGUAUAAGUUGACCUAGACAACUAACCUGGAAUAAUCUUGAACAAGUCACUCUUUUUCGACCAUUUACUUUUAUAAGUACCUCCUAAGCCAUGGGGUCUUUCGAAUUAAAACCUACGAUAUCAGAGAAGUGCACGUGCCACUCUAUCGUGCCUGUUACUACAUGGGGGGAAGGUAAACGGUCUGAGAAUAUCAUUAAGACCAGAGAUUUAAUUCCUCUUCAAACCGAAACGACGAAAUGGCCAUUUGACCCCGGAGAUGAUAUUGUUUUCAUGGUUGCCAAGGCCAAUGAAGUUCGCAGCUGUGUGGUUUGCCGCGAAAUAUUUAUCGACAAGUUCCGCAUGCCACAAUUCUGGUGGACAGACACAUAUAAAAGAAUGAAUGGAUAUUUCGGAUCAGAAUUCAAGAGAAAUUCAGAUGGAGCCAUUGAAACCUACUCAACAUGGUCUCGUGCUCUGAUAAAACACUCCGAAGCAUUGCAUAAAUCGGAAACUCGCCACGAGCUUCAAUAUCGAUGGCUUAAAUUCAACUUAUUCACAAGAUGGUUUAUGAAGGGGAAGGUGAUCAUUAUUGCCUUUGACCCAGUUGAAAUGAUGCAAGAAAGACUACGUGAGCUAUUUUUGGGCCAUCUAGAUAAAGAAGAGUUGCAGGACCCUUACUGGCCUUAUAAACACAUCCUAGAAGAGCUUGUGUCUUUACAAGGAUCAGCUAUUUGGAGCCUUCGGGGUCUCAUAAGAACUAUAGAACUCUCGCCAACAAGGGACCCUAGAACUCUUCGAGAAAAACCGAAGUACAAUUAUUCAAGGAUGCACGACAUAGCUCGUCAUGCUAUCCAUGUAUCAGAAACCUUGGAUCUGGCUGUCAAACUCUCCGAGGAUCUCAUUCAGGAGCACCAAAAGUUGAUUACAUCAUCUUCAGAUGCGAAGCCUAGACUUGAGACCGACAGAACAAAAUCCCUCAAGCAGGUAUAUUCAAAUACACAUUCACGCCUCGUGUUUUUCAGCCAUGCACUUUUCAGCCUCCGCUGUCGCUCCUCUUCGAAUCACCAACGACUCAGUAAUGAAAUCCAGCUGAGGUUUCAUACCGAUUCUCAAUACGACUCGCAAGUAUCGGUGGAGAUCAGCCAUUCCGCCAAAUCAGAUGGUGCCUCUAUGAGAUGGAUCGCCAUCGUCAGCCUCAUAUUCCUCCCGGCGAACCUCGUGUCUUCAGUCUUCAGUACGACAUUUUUCGAAACAACAGAUGGAAUGAUCUCGGUUACAAAUGACUUUUGGAUAUAUUGGGUUGCCUUAGUUGCCGUUACCGUAAUGACCUUGGCGCUCUGGUUUGGUUUGUCACAGUUUAAUAUCCAAGUAGGGGGUAUACCAUUUAGAAGGUUUACCGCGUGGCAGAAAACGGAGAGGUCGCUGGAAGAUUCUACCCAAUGCGUUGUAUAGAAGGCACGUCUAGAGUGAGCGACCAACAAGUAAAUCGUGGAUACGCCCAAUUAUAGCGAGUAUGGUAGCUCGGGGAAUAUAUUUCAGGGAAACGUCGUGUGCGGGACGAUUACUUAGUAAAGACGGCUUUUAGUAGAGAUUUCAGUAUCUAGUUCGGAAUAGUUGCAUAGCUUUCAGAUUUUAUAGAUUUUAUACAUCAUGUUCAAUGUGGUUUUAAUUAUGAUAUUAAUAGGUACC